CGUGCAGCGUGUGUUCGUAUCUGUUCCUUGCUCUAUGAUCAUGCCGGUUAUAUUCAGCCCGCAACUCCAGGGGCGCGGCAUUAGGACUGGGACUUGUGUAAACAGUCGAAAGUGCAGCGGGUCAAAAGAUCUCCCAUGCCUUGUCAGGAUUCAAGUCCGAGGAUCAAUAGCAUUCGUGACGAGAGCGUGGAGCCAAGCCCUUUCGCCUAUGCAGUAGCCUACAAGGACAGACUGCAACAAAAGUCUCGCAAUAGGCUACAUGUACAUGCAAGACCUACUGAACUUCAACACAACAGCAGAAGGAGCUCCCGCGGGCUGAGCAGUGUUGGUGGUCGGUUCCCGGUCCAUAGUACGAGCCCAAGAGAAGGGCUCUGAACAAGGUCCACUGUCCGGUCGGGACGUCAGUAUACUUUUGUGCACGCUACUUUAUCGCGGUGGUUGGUUUGAUCUUCUAGUAUACUCAUCAUGGCUUGGAUGCAGAGGUUGACCUCCUAUGGACUUGGUCCAGCAAGAUGUAGAUUAUUGAUUGGUCAUGUCCAUGGGAGUGUGCUCCGAGGAUUUGGUACAAGUUCCGUGAAUGCUGCUGUCAAAAAACUUGUGCCCAAUGAGUAUGAUGAACCAUGCGUCAAGACGCCCAUUCCAGGCCCAAGAUCAUUGGAACUUAUAAAGAAUUUGGACGACAUCACAAAGAAUUCCGGUACAGUAAAUUACUUUGUAGACUUCAAAGCCAGCUUGGGGAAUUACGUGGUCGAUGCUGAUGGGAACCGGCUCUUGGAUCUUUUCAUGCAGAUUUCGUCCAUCCCCAUUGGAUACAACCAUCCCGCUGUAAUUGAUAUUCUCAAGAAUUCAGAUAAUUUGCACGUCAUGGCCAAUAGGCCUGCACUUGGUAUGUUUCCAGUGGAGGCAUUUCCCAACAUGCUGGAUGAGGCAUUCCUGUUGUGCGCGCCCAGAGGCCUAAACCUCGUACAGCCCAUGAUGUGUGGGGCUUGCUCCAAUGAGAAUGCCAUCAAGCAAGCGUUCAUCUGGUACCGGCGAAAGAAAAGAGGAGGGCCAGCAACACAGGAAGAGAUUGACUCAAGUGUGACUGGCAAGGAACCAGGGUGUCCACCAUACACAGUGCUGUCAUUCAAUGGAUCCUUUCAUGGACGCUCUCUGGGUUGCUUGUCCUUAACCAACUCCAAGCCAGUGUACCGUCUGGAUAUUCCUACUUUGGAUUGGCCCGUCGCUCCCUUCCCUCGAUUGAGUUACCCGCUGGAGGAUUUUGGGUCGGAGAAUCAGGCUGAGGAAAGCAGGUGUCUGCAAGAGGUGAUCAGACUGAUUGAGGCUAACAAAGUACGGGGUAAGGACAUAGCAGCAGUCAUUGUGGAGCCCAUCCAAGGGGAAGGGGGAGACAACCACGCCACCGCUGACUUCUUCCAUCAACUCCAGAGGAUAUGCAAAGAGCACGGUGUGGCCUUAAUCAUCGACGAGGUCCAGACUGGCUGUGGGACCACUGGCCACUUCUGGGCCCACGAAGCAUGGAAUCUACCAGAGCCCCCAGACUUUGUCACCUUCAGCAAGAAGAUGUUGUCUGGCGGCUACUACUUCAAGGAUGAGUUUGCCGUGGAUGCGCCCAGCAGGAUCUUCAACACCUGGAUGGGCGAUCCGCCCAAACUCUUGAUGCUGGCUGCCAUCGUCAAGGUCAUCAAGGAGAUGGAUCUGGUAGGCGUGGCCAGGGACUCUGGCCAGUACCUGAUGGAUGGCAUCAAGGACCUGCAGAGCAAGUACCCUGAGCAGUUGAGCCGAGCUCGAGGUAUGGGAACCCACAUUGCUGUGGACUGUAAAGAUGGGGAGUCUGCCGCCAAGAUCAUGAAACUUGUCAGGGAGAAAGGAGUGAUUGUGGGACUGUGUGGCAAACAGUCUAUACGAGUUCGGCCAGCUCUUGUCUUCCAGCCUCACCAUGCCGAUAUUUUCUUGGAGACAUUCAACAAGGUCUUGGCCAACCUGUGAACUGAAAGAGAAAAUUCUGCAUAGCUAAGCUAUGAUGUAUUGGUGGAAAGAUCCCAUAGUGAUUCGUUCAUCCGAAUUUAUCAAAAUCUUGUCCUAGUAAAUCAUAGUACGAUUUAGAAAGCUGCAUGCAAAGGGCUACCUCAAUUUAAAGGGGAAAAAACAGCAUACUGGGCUUCAUGUUGUACAUGUAGUCAUUUUUGCCUAUGUUGCUGGAAAGUUCUAAUGUGAAUAUGGUCUGAAGGCCUUGACAGAUAAAGAGAAUUUGAACAGUAUACCAAGUCAAAUGAUUAAUGAGCUAUAAGCAGCAGGCAAUUUCUGCAUUGCUUGCAGGGCCCAUUUUUUCCCAACUUUGUCUUCCUUCGAUAGCAAAGAAUCUCUUUUGCUGUAGCAGACAAUUCUGGGCCAACGGUCAGUGUAUUACAAAGCUUAGCAAGGAUUGAAUGCAAGCAAGGAGGAAGCCAAUGGAUUGAGACAUAAUUUCUGCGGCAGCACGUUAUGCUUAGCAUAGGAUCUUAAAGGGAUGGGCCGUGCUGGGAAGAUUUUUUGUAAAACCUGCAUCAACACAUAAAACAAACAUACGUAUAA